UUGCUCGUCCUUCACCCUCCCCCAAAGACCCCCUCAUCUGCGACCCCCGGUCGGCCGGACUGUCCACUUAGCAGCAGCACUGAACGGCCAAACCCACCAGUCUCUGAGCUCCUCCGGGGAGGGGGGGGGGCAGGCCCUUGGCCUGUGCCAUUUUCUCAACCCAAGCCCACCUACCUUGUCGAACGCCGCUACCAGAGUCCGUAUCUUUUGCCCGUGAGAUACCUCAGUCCUCGCCGCUAUACUUGCCCUCCCAGCACAGCGUCGCGCUACCUGGCUCCGUACGCAAGUAUGUACCUGGUCCUUCUGCCUCUCCGCCUCUCUGCACCUCUCGCUCUGAGUCUCUGGGUCCUGGAGUCUGCGCUCGCUCUGCUUCGACCUCUCGGUGCCCCAUGGACCCUGCCCCAUGCUCUUGAGCUCUGCCAUGUCCGUACCGCUACCGCCGUACCACACCAGCAUCGACCAAAGUGCGGAUACCGCAGUACCCCAGUAAGGUACCUUUACCCUCAACCCUCAAUCCUCAACCCGCACCUGCACCUUGCACUUGCGCCGGCCGGGGUGGGCGUGGACAUGGGCCAGAGGGCGAUAGCCAAAGAGGCGAGGACGGUAAGUCAGAACUUCUUCUACACUUCCACUGCCUCUUCUACCCUCUUCUUCCACCUCCUCACCUCACCUCAACCCGCCUAA